AUGGAUGAAAUUUACAAGGUCGCUUCCACCGAAAGGAUCCAGAUGUUGGAGAAAGAACUGGCUGUGAGAUUGACUGAACUGAAGUCUGAGAUAGAAGAACAGGGGCCUCUUCUGGGAACAGCUCAUCGAGCUUACAGCUCUGUUCAAAUGCCAAAGGACAUUUCUUACUAUAGAAGAGAAAGAGAACUGGCCCUAAAGAAAACUUUGCAGGUGGCUGAGGCAAAGCCUCUUGUUAUUCAAGCAGAUGUCAUGCAGAGGGAGCUAGAGACCUGCCUAAGAAGAGAGUACACUCCGGAAAAUUUACCUUUGCUUCUCUUGCAGAAACAAGUUGCCUACAUUACGCAGGAGCACAGCGAUGCCCUUCAGAGAGCUGAUAGGUUGUCUGUUGCGCGAGAAAACUUUCUUAUGGGGAAAAGCAAUCCUCCGAACUUAGUAACACAGGAAGACCUGACUGUCUACACAAAGUGGUUAGUGUGUCACCUGCACUCACUCCAGACUAUUCACCACUACGUGCAGGCCCUCCAGUAUGUGCCCGUCUCCAACGUGCUGAGUGUGGCUGUUGACGAAGUCUCCGAGGUUGGUCAGGAAAAUGAAAAGGCCCACGCCAAUGACACCAAUCCUGACCUCCAGGGGUCUGCAUCUCCAGGCCCUACGGACACCAGCGUUUCAAGGCCAAUGAGAACCGAAGCUGCGUUUGUCCUGCCCCAACACACAACAGAAACAGAAGAACUGAAACCUCAGCUGAGGCUCCUGCUCUCUCAUUUCAAUAUCCCCUAUGACAUAGAGGAGCUGAGGGAUGCCGCUAAGGAGAUAGAACUGUUUUCCUUGGUUUCCCAAAAAUUUCAAAGCAUCUUCAAAGAGCAACAGAGAAUGCAAACGUUUCCUGACUAUGAUAUUGGGAAAGCUAAAGUGGAGAACUUGGGUUUGGCAGGACCUGGGAUGGCCUUGAAAAAGAGAGCCAACUGGAUUUCCUUUAUAAAGAUUAAGCCAAAAUGUGAUCCUUGGCAAAAGAAGCUUUUGACCAAGCUAAAAAUACAGAGAAAAAUAGAUAUAUUAAUGCAACUCCAAGCGAAGUUUUUGAAGAUUUCCAGCCCUGAGCGAGUAAUGCAAGUGCUCCAAGAUCACGCUGCAAAGACAGUCCGGCUGGCUCCAUCUCAUCCCACUUCCGUGGCUUCCCAGGGUUUACAUCAGUGCAACUAUGACCGAAUCUGGGAGAAUAUUUAUAGUAACAGCAACCUCUACCAGGUGUAUGUCACCAUUCAGGAAGACCUUGUACUAACAAGGAGACACUUAAAAACAUCUGGCUCUUCUACUUCUUGA